AUGAAAUUGGAGGGAGAGGUUGCAGCUUGUAUUUCCUUAUCAAACAAUGCACAUCCCACCAUUCCGCUAAAUCACCAAAAGAGGUUAAGCUUACCCAAGGAAGACCAUUAUGCCUUUCGGAUUGGUCACAGCAUGGAACAAGCGACGGAGAAGCAAAUCCCAAGAUCACUCAGACCCUUGUACGUCAUCCUCCUCUCUCCUUUUUCUGAUAACCUACAUAUUUUCUUUCACCCUCUUUUGCAAAUCAUAAUAGCAGUUUCAUGGUUUGAAAGUUUAUCUACCUACUUUCUAGGGGUUUAUAAACCUGUGGAGUUUUGGCAACUUGAAGAUCAAACACCUCAACCCACAAAGCGAUGCCAUGGAUCAUCAGUUUUCACACUCAAGGAAAUGGAAGAGGCAACAUGUUCUUUCAGUGAAAAAAAUUUUCUUGGAAAAGGGGGAUUUGGCCGAGUCUAUAGGGGCAUCCUGCGGUCAGGAGAGGUACUUCUUUCUAACAAAAAAUUUUAUCUUUUCAAAACACACACAAACGUGUUUCUCUUCUCUAAUCUGAAGGUUGUAGCAAUCAAGAAAAUGGAGCUGCCAACAUUUAAAGAAGCUGAAGGGGAACGGGAGUUUCGUGUAGAAGUUGACAUCUUGAGCAGACUUGAGCACCCCAAUCUGGUUUCCUUGAUUGGAUAUUGUGCUGAUGGGAAGCACAGGUUUCUAGUGUAUGAAUAUCUGCAACAUGGGAAUCUGCAAGAUCAUUUAAAUGGUCAGUUUAUCACUCAAAAUCCUAUUCUCAUUCCCAAAUCCUUAAUUGCACGUCUAGUAAUCUGCAACUGUAUUCUAGGAUUUGGGAAAGCAAAAAUGGAUUGGUCCUUAAGGUUAAAAGUGGCACUUGGAGCAGCAAGGGGACUUGCUUAUCUCCACUCUAGUUCUGAUGUUGGCAUACCAAUUGUCCACCGAGAUUUUAAAUCCACCAACAUUCUUCUAAACGCAAAUUUUGAAGCAAAGAUAUCUGAUUUUGGUCUUGCGAAGUUGAUGCCGGAAGGCCAGGACACAUUUGUGACUGCAAGAGUUCUCGGAACAUUUGGGUAUUUCGAUCCUGAGUAUACAUCGACGGGGAAACUCACUUUACAAAGUGAUGUUUAUGCAUUUGGAGUGGUUCUUCUUGAGCUUUUGACUGGACGUAGAGCGGUAGACUUAAACCAGGGACCAAGUGAUCAAAACCUUGUCCUACAGGAUAUUAGAGGAUUAGCAAUGAACAUGGCUGAAAUACUAAAUAAGCAAUCCUUUAUGUUUCAGGUUAGGCAUAUUUUGAAUGAUAGGAAGAAAUUACGCAAGGUAAUUGAUCCAGAGCUUAGUAGGAGUUCAUACACAUUGGAAUCUAUAGCCAUGUUUGCCAACCUGGCUUCACGCUGUGUCCGCAUUGAGAGCAGUGAGAGACCCUCCAUGGCCGAAUGUGUAAAAGAACUCCAAACAAUUAUCUAUACAAAUUCAAAACCAAUGGGCAUGGGCAUGGGCAUGAUGACUUUCAAAAUGGUCUAA